AUGCACCUCUCGCUCACCAUGAGCCUGGGAAUAGCCCCCUUCUUGACAGGCCUGGCAUCGGCCGCGAAGGCGCCCAAGAACGCAAUCCUCCUCUCGGACGUCCAGUCCCUCACCCUUCGCGGCGGGGGUGCAAAGACGACCCACCGUCGCGUGGCAGCCGCGCCGCAGCUCAAAUGUGUCUCCUCCAAGGCCAUAUGUAACUUGCACGAAAUCGACGUCAUGCGGUGUACGAACCAGGGCGCCGGCUACUCCUCCGAGGACAUUCAGUGGUCCUGUGUUGCGUCGCUGCCCGAGGAGCUCAAGCUCGGGUCCACAGACGUCAUUUGCGAGGGCUACGCCAACUCCGACGACCCGUACAUUCUCCGCGGGAGCUGCGGCGUCGAGUAUCGACUCGCUCUGACCGACAAGGGCGAGCGGCGCUACCCGAACCUGGGCAAGGGUCACGACCGCGGGAGCAAGGGGGAUGGCGAGUCAGAUUGGGGCGCGUAUCUCUUUGGGAUUAUCUUCUUUGCCGUUCUAGCUUGGAUUGUGUACUCGGCGUGUGUGGCCGGGACGCAGAAUCGGAGACCUGGCGGGAAUGGGCGCCGCCGCGGAGGAGGUGGCGGUGGUGGUCCUGGAGGAGGUGGCGGAGGCGGAUGGGACCCCGGCUUCGGCCAAGACGACGACCCUCCCCCGCCGUACCCGGGCACGAAGCCCUCCAACCAAGGCGGGCAGCAAGGAUGGCGCCCCGGGUUUUGGACCGGCGCAGGAGCUGGCGGCGCUGCAGGUUACGGGGCCGGCUACUUCCAAGGCAGGAACAGCGCGAGGAACCAGCAAGGGUAUGGCACCGGCGGCUGGGGCAACGACAGCAGCUCAAGCUCAUGGGGGGCCGGUCCGUCGAGGUCGACCAGUUCAUCGUCAAGCUCGGCGCGUCACGAAAGCACCGGUUUCGGAUCCACCAAUCGGAGAUAG